UCUCAUUCUUCAGUUUAAUGGACAACAUGAUUGAUACUUAUCCUUGUUCACUAAAUUAUACACAUUCUUUACGCACACUUGAAAAUGGAUAGUAUAAGAAUGUCCCAGGAAGAAGUUGAGAAAGAUUCAGACUGGAGUUUAACUGGAUUCUUAUUUGGAAAUAUUAAUGAGAAGGGAGAACUUGAAGAUGAAUCUAUAUUGGAUGAGGAAUCUCGAAGACAUUUGUCUCGCUUAGAAAGUCUCGGUGGAUUAGGAAAUUUGGUUAAGGAUAUUUCAAGUUUAGAGGAAAGGUCUGAGAGAGUUGGUGUUUUUGAUGCAGUUGGAGAUUCUACUACCAAGGCUUAUAAUGCAGCCGAUUUUAGUGAAAUUAAUGAGUUGGCGGAUGAUGAAGAAGCAAAUUAUAGACGUGGGUUGAAAUUUGUUUCAAGAGAUAAUGAAGCACGUUCUAGUAAAGAUGAUAACUAUGAUGAAGACAGUGACCAUGAAGCAGAUGCACUCACAAAGGCUGAGCAAGAUAGAUUGGCAAUGCCUCCACCAAUAGUUAGUGACCAAGUUUCAAGUGUUGGAACAACAAAACAAGAUGGCAUGUCUGAUACUUCAUUUCUACCUCAAACAUCCAAUGGUAAAACAGUUCUUGACCUCUUUCCUGAGUUUCGGCCUGGUAAGGUGUUGCGAUUUUCUCGUCUGUUUUGGCCUGCGAAGCCAUCCUCGUUACCGCAGUUAUGGAGAAAUGCCAAGAAAAGACGAAAGAAAAAGAAAAAAGAUGAACCAACGACACCAGUAACACCAUCAUUUAAGAUUCAUGAUGAAUAUAUGUCAGAUGAUGAGGAUAAAUUGAUGCGACCGAUAGAGAACGAUGGCAUCUCUGAUAAAUCAUCAAUGCAAUCACGCGAUGGUUUAAAUAAAGAAGACGAAAAAAAGAUAUGUGCCUGGCGACAUGGCCCUGCGGCGUUGUGGUACGAGCUGCUUGGGGUUAAUGAAGAUGGAACUAAUUUAGAUUAUGGUUUUCAGUUGAAAGAUCAGAUGAAGGUUGAAGAGGAAGAGCGAAAUGUUGAUAUUCUUGAAGAAGAGAGAGAAUUUCCAUCAAAUGAUUGUUUUCAUUUGGUUGCUAUCAAGAGAUGGGAGGAUGAUAUAAUUUGGUCACCUGAAGAUGUUAAACUCAACCCUCUGUCUGAAGGCAUCGCUGGAUGGAUACCUUCAGCUAAUAUUAGAACUACCUUGGCUUACGCGAACCAACAUACGUCAGGCUCUAAACUGUCUGGAUUAGAGGAAAGUAUAAAUAAAACGAAAGCAGCUAUCAAAGCAAACCACGCCGCAUUGGCAGAAAAUGUGAAAGAAAACAAGCCUUGGUAUUCCAUAUUUCCGGUUGAUAACCAAGAACUGAUUUAUGGAAAAUGGGAAGAUAAAAUUAUAUGGGAUUCAGAGGCUAUGCCAAACAUUCCUGAUCCAGAGAUCAUGGAACUAGAUCCCAAUGAUGAAAAUCUAAUUCUUGGAAUUCCUGAAGAUGUUGUUGUAAAUACUGGAAAAGAACAAGAACCAACUCGACGACGGGAACCAAAGAAUAAAUCAAAAUUAUUGCUUGGAAAAUCUAAAACAGAAGAUGAGGAUGAGGACGUGCGAUUUCUCGACGAAUCUCCGAAAGAUCCAUUCAAUAUAUCGAAUGAUAAAUAUUAUAAUCCUAAACAUACUACUGCUGAGAGUAGUCUGCAGGCUACAAUGGGCACCAAUCGAAUUCAGCAUUCUACGCCAGCAAUGGAGUUACAGCGUCCAUUCUUCCCUACAUUUAACUCAAAAGAGAGCUUAAGACAUUUUCAUCGCCCUUUGUUAAAACGAGUGACCCACGGAAAACUUGCUGCUCCUGGCCCGCAUCCUGUGUCUGGGCUGUUGAAACACAUCAAGAAAAAAGCCAAGGAGCGGCAAAAAGAGCGACUUGCUUCAGGAGGUGGGGAAGUUUUCUUUAUGCGUGACGUCACAGAUCUAACGGGGAUGGAUGGUGAUUUAAUAUUAGCUGAAUAUUGUGAAGAAUAUCCCCCCCUGAUAAUGGCUGUCGGCAUGAAUACGAGAAUUAUCAACUACUAUAAAAGGAAACAUGGUAAAGAUGAAGGCGCUCCUAACUUUGAAUACGGUGAAACACUAUAUAUUCAUCAAACAUCGCCAUUCUUAGGACAACUUAAACCCGGAGAAUCGUUACAGGCAUUGGAAAACAACUUGUAUCGUGUACCUAUUUAUGAACAUGCCAUGCCCAGCACAGAUUUUGUGAUUAUCAAGACUAACAACAGUUAUUAUAUACGAGAGGUGAAAACAUUAUUUUGUGUUGGUCAAGAAUGUCCAAAGUUUGAGGUUCCAGGUCCUAACUCGAAGAAGGCAAACAACCAUGCACGUGACUUUCUACAGGUAUUUAUAUACAGACUAUUUUGGAAAAGUCCUGAUAACCCACGACGUAUCAAAAUGGAUGACAUUAAGAAAGCGUUUCCUCAUCAUUCUGAAAGUAGUAUCAGAAAACGUCUUAAAUUAUGCGCUGAUUUUAAAAGAACUGGUGUUGAUUGUAACUGGUGGGUUCUCAAAAAUGAUUUUCGACUUCCAUCUGAAGAUGAAAUGAGGGCUUUGGUAACACCUGAGCAAUGUUGUGCGUAUCUCAGCAUGCAGGCAGCAGAACAACGUUUGAAGGAUGCUGGUUAUGGUGAAAAGAACAUGUGUGCAAGUGACGAUGACAAUGAAGAAGAAAAUCAAAAAAUCGAUGAUGAGGUUCGAACUGCACCAUGGAAUACAACACGUGCAUUCAUAUCAGCAAUGCGAGGUAAAUGUCAGCUAGCGGUCAGUGGUCCUGCUGAUCCAACUGGAUGUGGAGAAGGAUUUUCUUACGUACGAGUUCCAAAUAAACCAAUUGCAUCAAAGGAUGAAAACAGCGCUCAGAGUGCAUCAGUUCGGAAACAGAAGACUGUAACGGGAACAGAUGCGGAUUUGCGACGAUUGUCGUUAAAAGACGCGAGAAAAGUUUUACGAAAUUUUGGAAUACCAGAAGAAGAGAUUAAGAAGCUAUCAAGAUGGGAAGUUAUUGAUGUUGUAAGAACCCGAUCGACCCAAGCUGCAAAGUCUGGCGAAGAACGCAUGAGUAAGUUUGCGAGAGGAUCGCGUUUUUCAAUCGCUGAACAUCAAGAAAGAUAUAAAGAAGAUUGUCAGAGGAUAUUUGAACUUCAGAACAGGGUGUUAUCAUCAACUGAAGUUUUGUCGACCGAUGAGGAAAGCAGUAGUGAUGAAGAUAGUGAUUACGAUGAACUGGGAAAGAAUCUGGAGAGCAUGUUAUCUAAUAAGAAGUCAUCUUCACAGUUAAGCCAUGAACAGGAAGAAGCUGAAAGACUGGAACUACAACGAUUACUAAAUGAAGAUAGCAAAGAUAACAUUGACUCCAAGGGAUCAUCAGAUAAAACUGGGAUAUUUUCUGUAAUGAGUUUUGAAUCAUCUGUGACUGGAAGACGGCUGUUAAUCCAGAGAACAUUCAAAGAUGAAGAAGGGAGGCAGUAUACACGUACAGAAGUUGUUAAGAAUCAACCUGUGAUUGAUGCAUAUCUAAAAUAUAUAACUAAAGAUAAAAAUUACAGGGAAAAUUUUGCCAGUCAAGAUGAAGUUCAUAAAGAGGAAAUUAGGCGUGAGAGGCGAAGAAUCCAAGAACAACUUCGAAGAAUAAAAAGGAACCAGGAGAAAGAAAGAGAAAAGGCUCUUCAACCGAAGAAAAAAAAAGAGAAGGCUCCCAAUAAUCUUAAAUGUGGUGCUUGUGGGGCAAUUGGUCACAUGAGAACUAAUAAAAACUGUCCGCUGUACCAAGAGGCCGUAGGCGCAACUGGUCCGAUCCAGGUCGCAAUGACAGAUGAACAAGUUGCGGAACAUGAAAUGAAUAUGCCUCAAGAUGAUUUAGUCAAAGUUGAAGGAACAAAAAUUACCUUAGGAAAGGCGUUUCUUGAUCAUGCCAACGACUUGAAACGUAAAGCAAUGGUUUUGCGGUUUCCUAAAGAAUUAGUUAAGAAACGGAGAAGAUCUGGUGUAAUGCAUUGUGACUACCUAAUGAAACGACAUAAACAAACUAACCGAAGAAGAACCAACCCUGUGGUUGCUUUACAACUGAUACUGGAAAACAUUUCUACAAAACUGAAGGAGAUAAAAGAGAGCCGUCCUUUCCACGCGCCUGUUUCAAUUCGUACUGUUCCAGAUUACUAUAAAAUUGUUAAGAAUCCAAUGGAUUUACAAACCAUUAAAGAGAAUGUACGUAAAGGGCUCUAUCGAUCUCGUGAGGAAUUUCUACAGGAUACAAACUUACUGUAUUCAAAUUGCGUUUUAUACAAUGGAGACAAACAUCCGUUGACAGAAGUCGCAAAGAAAAUCACUGAUAUGGCAAAAACAAUGAUUGAUGAGAAAGAGGAGGAAAUAACACAAAUUGAAAAAGAUAUCAACCCGUUACUAAGUGACGAUCCUCAGACUGGAUUUUCUUGGAUGCUGGAAAACGUCAUAAUGCAUAUCAAAGCUUCAGCUGACACUUGGCCGUUCCACCGUGCAGUGAAUGCCAAAAAUGUUCCAGAUUAUUACGAAAUUGUUAAUCAACCAAUGGAUUUGGAGAAGCUACGUAAUAGAGUGCUGGAUCAUUUCUAUAGAAAUAGAGAGGAAUUCAUGGCGGAUGUCAAUCUUAUUCUAAAUAACUGUAUUUUGUAUAAUGGGGAGGAACAUCCAUUUUCCUUAACAUGUCAUAGUAUGGUUAAGAAAUGUGAAGAAUUGUUAAAGGAGAGUGCGGAUCAGUUUGGGAAACUAGAAGAAAACAUUGCAACAAACCCUUUUUACGACGAAAUGGACAGUGAAAGCAGGUCGUCGUACAUAGCAAGUCAGCCUCCUUCAGAGAGUGGAGAGAUGUUCAACGACAACAGUUUAGAUGAAUUUCCAAGCAUUGGUCAAAAUGAAGAGGAAACUAUGGAUAGUGUUUAUACGAAUGAAGAAAACAGUAAUCAGAGCCUUGAUCAAGUGUUUAAUACAGAGAAGUCGGAACGAGUUCACCUAAAAUCAGCUGAUGACGAUAUGGACGUUGAUGUAGUGGGAUCUGGGGAGGAGUCGUUAAAUCAAAGUAAUGUAACUAAUGAUGAGGUAGAUGCAGAUGUUCUAGCUCUUGGUGAAAACAGCUUAACAUUGGAGAAGUUACUUCAAGAUCUUGAAACAUCGCCUCAACAUGAUGAAAGUGAUGACAGCGGUGAUGAUGACUUUCCAUUUGAUGAUGGUGAUGAUGAUGACGUAGAAGACGAAGGGGAUGAUGAAGGACAAGACAUAACUAUUGAGGAUAUGGAAGAUAACGGUGAAGAUACCUCAAGAGAUACCACGGAAUGAAGUUUACUAUGUCUAUAUAGUAAUAUAGUUUCCUUUUGUAAAUAUAAUUGCAUGGGCGUGGCAUCAAACUUUAAUACAUAUACAACCCGACUUUGAAUUACGUGACAUGAACACUUAACUUAGCUAAAAGUAAAAAUGCAACAUGCAGCGGUUGGUGAGGCAGUUACAUCUUUGGGCAGUUACGCACAGUAUUUACAUGUACCUUAGCCUUAGGCUUAGACUUGCGUUAUGCGAUGCAAAUUAACGUUUAAUUUUAA